AUGAGCCCAGAUCUGCUGAUCGGCAUGGAUAACGUGAAUGACAAGAAGGAGGACUACAAGACCUUCUACAUGAAGUCCAAGUACCGGCAGGACACCUACCAGGUGAUGAAGCACAUGAAGAUCUCUGCCUCCUUGGAUAAGGGGACUCCUAACAUGGAGAAGUGGAAUUCCCGCGUGAAGAAGGAGAUGAAUGACUGGUUGGCCUUGUACCGACGGCAGAAUCUCUCCGUGGGCAGGCAGAGCUAUUACUCGCUGUACUCCGCCAUCAACACCUUGGCCUCGCACUUUACCUCCUAUGGCCCAAAGUUCCCGUUCCCCAACAAGCGGAGGCCUCGCUUCUACGAGCUCUGCAACCAAGUUGAGAAGUACCUGGAGAAGGGCAAGUGA